AUGGCGGCCGACGACGAUAUACCACCGCCAGACCGACGUGGCACCCACGGCGAUCGCUCCGGCACCGUCGACCUCAUCCUCCGCGAGACCCAGUACCUGUACGCACUGAUACUUCUCAUCAGCUUCGUAACCGGUGCCGCUUUCUACAGCGUCUACAACGCCAAGAAGCAGGAGGAUGCUGUGAAGCCACUCGUCAAGGGACCGGGUGGGAAGCCACUUCCCAUAACCAAACGCAAGAAACGCGACGAUGGCGAGCGUAAAAUCGGUCCUCGCUUCGGCAAAGCCGCCAAGAACGCCUUCCGCUACCUUGCAUCGGUCGUUUGCCUGACGUACAUCGCCAGUGGCGCUUUCAUGUUCAACCACGCCUUUUACCACGAGGAUCCGUACAGGUGGUCGAAGGAAGGUCUUCCUUGGGCUGGGGAGUGGAGUGUGGUUCACGUCACCGGAUCGGCCUUCUUCUACCUCUAUAUCCUUUUCUCGCUAUUCGACUGGCGCAAAGGCCCCAACAUCGUUCACUUGAUCGUCUGGGUCAUGGGCCUCGUCGGCGAGGUCGUCCUCGCCGCCGCCACCUUCAUCGCCGCCGCGGACUGCCAUUUUGCUCGUUCCAUCCGAACCGAACAUUGGACUGAAGGGAAUGCGGAAGACGGCAGCUGCGUUGACCGUUGGACAAAGAUCGACCUGACGCUGUACUUUGUCAGAAUACUGCACAUGGUCCUCCUCAUCGCGCUCUUCUGCACAGCCUGGAUGUUCAAGGCACGCCGAAACGCCGACAGCGCUGAAGAAGGCCAUGCCGCCGUCGAGACGACGCCGCUGCUCAACGGGUCCACCACCCGUUUGUCCUAUGAAACGCAAGACGAUCAUGCAAACUGCGAAUCCAAUGGCCAGAGCCAGGGCGCUCCGUUGGAACGCAGUGCCGGCAGCGGCAGUCGAGCGCAACGGCGCCGCAGCCAGUCCGCUUCAAACCCCGCCAGGUCCGCCGGCAGGAAUGGCCAGGGAAAGGACGAACCGGCGGCGUUCUAUCGCCCAGAGAAACUGCCCCAGAGGACCUGGUGGGAGUACCUGAGAGGGUACUCGCUCUUUUUCCCCUAUUUAUGGCCCAAGGACAACGUCGUUCUCAAGCUUCACGUGCUCGUGUGUUUCGGGUUGGUCAUCCUCCAGCGCCUGGUCAACAUGGCGGUGCCCUAUCAGAUCGGCCGCGUCGUCAAAAGGCUCGAGUACGCCAUCAACGACGUCAAGCGAGGGGCACCGCUCACCACCGAGAACUUCCCCCUGCAAGACCUUCUACUGCUUGGCGCCCUUUGGAUUCUCCAGGGCCAGUCUGGCCUGCUGGGCUCGUUGCGAUCGUUGCUCUGGAUCCCCGUCUCCCAGUACUCCUACCGCGGCCUGACGACGGCGGCAUUCAACCAUGUCCACUCCCUCAGCCUCGACUUCCACCUAUCCAAACGCACCGGCGAGGUGCUCUCCGCGCUCAACAAGGGUUCUGCCAUCAACCAAUUUCUCGAGCAGGUGACGUUCCAGGUUGUCCCCAUGCUCUUCGACCUGUUCUUGUCCAUAACCGUCUUCUACGUCUAUUUCGGCCCAUUGUAUGCCGAGAUCAACCUCGUGGGCACGUGCUGGUACCUCUACAUGACGAUAAAGAUGGCAUCCACCCGGGCCGACCAAAGACGGGAGAUGACGAAUGCCGAUCGCGACGAGGAGGCGAUAAAGAACGAUUCGAUUUCGAGCUACGAAACCGUCAAAUACUUCAACGCCGAAGAGUACGAGUCGAACCGAUACCAGGACAAGGUCGGCGUCUUCCAAACAGCCGAGGCCAAGGUGCAGAUUGGCAUGGUCCUGAUGAACAUCUGCCAGACUCUGGUCUUCAACCUGGGCAGGAUCAUUGCCGCGUCGGUCUGCGGGUGGCAAGUCGCCGUCGGCGUCAGAGAGACCGGUGACUGGUUCACGGUUGUGUCCUACCUCACCCAGUUGCAGGGCCCACUGAACUUUUUCGGCACAUUCUACCGAACGGUCCAGCAGGCCAUGAUUUCCGGCGAGCGGCUCCUCGAGCUGUUCAAGAUUCAACCUACCGUCCUCGACACACCGCACGCGCAGCCGUUGGUGAACUACAGCGGACGCAUUCGAUGGAACAACGUUAGCUUUGCCUAUGACCGGCGGAAGCCAGCUCUGCGCAACAUCAGUUUCGAGUGCGCCCCCGGCACGACCACGGCUUUCGUCGGGGAGUCUGGCGGCGGCAAGUCGACCUUGUUCCGCCACAUGUUCCGCUACUACGACUGCGAGGAAGGCAGCAUUGAGCUCGAUGGCAAGAAUGUCAAGGAUCUCACCAUCAACUCCGUGAGGAAGCAUAUCGGCGUUGUACCCCAGGACACAACCCUUUUCAACGAGACUCUCAUGUACAACCUGAAGUACGCCAACCCGGCCGCCACGGAUAAGCAGGUGUACGAGGCUUGCAUCGCCGCGAGCAUCCAUGAUCGCAUCAUGUCCUUUCCGGACAAAUACGACACUCAGGUCGGAGAGAGAGGCCUGCGACUGAGCGGAGGCGAGAAGCAGCGUGUCGCCAUUGCCCGAACCAUCCUCAAGGAUCCACGAAUCAUCAUGCUGGACGAGGCAACGUCGGCCUUGGACACCCACACGGAACAGGAGAUUCAGGAUAACGUGUGGAAGAUAGGCGAAGGACGGACGUUACUUGUCAUUGCACACAGACUGUCCACAAUCACACAUGCUGACCAGAUCAUUGUUCUCCAUGCCGGCGAGAUUGUUGAAAAAGGCACUCACGAGGAGCUGCUUGCUGCCCAGGGUCGUUAUGCCUCGAUGUGGGAGAAGCAAAUCAGGGCCGAACGGGCUCUGGGCAAGGCGAGAGAAGCUACCAUCAAGGCGGCCAAGGCGAUGAAGAGAGCCAACAUGGGCGCCAAGAACGACGCGGCCGACGAGCACACGGACGAUUACCACAACCUCGGGUCUUCUGGUACCCUGUCGGAUAAUGGCACGUCCAAGAGCAAAGGCGGCGAGGAGAGCUCGUCCUCGUCCUCGUCCUCGGACUCGUCGGCUGUGUCCUCGGACGUCGAGUCGACGCACGCAGAGGUUCGCCCGACAGAGCAGCACUCGGAUGCCGCGACGCGCACAAGCGAAGGAGCGGGAUUCCGACGAUAG